AUGUGGUUGCCAAUCCAGGAAGGCGUGAAGGAAGCACGGACGCUGGUGGACAAAUUAUCUAGCACAAAUAUCUAUGCUAAAUGUCACUAUUCAUUUGUCCCGAGAGGUGUUGGCGAAGCUGCUGUUAACAAAGCGAGAAGGUCUAGCGGUAAGAGAGAGGAGAAGAAAAAUAUGAGUCAGACGGGGACUCUAACCGAAAAAGGAGUAGAGGUCUCUACUACCCAAACUGGGAAGCGAGAGAGGGAGCCUUCUCUGAGUUCUGUCGAGGCAAGUGUCACUAGUCAUAAGGCGAAAAGGUCGAGGACGCGCAACACCACAAUUUCUGCGACGUGCACGCCAAAAAAGUGUGAUGGAGAGAAAAGCAAGAAACCUGCACCCGAGGAAAGCAGAAGAGCUCGACACAAACCGGUUCUCAUAAAACCAACAGAGGGAUCGAGCUAUGCGGAGGUCCUAAAGGACCUCAAAUGUGAGGUUAAUCCCGAAACCCUCGGUGGAAAAAUUCGAAGUGUCAGGGAGACCAGAAAUGGAGAGGUCCUUGUUGAAGUAGUGCCUGCUGCGGAUGGCAGAUCCAAGCUGUCCGCGGCAAUCAGAAGUGUGGUUGGGGAGGAUGCCAGAGUUAGGGAGCUUGUCCCUCGCACUGAAGUUGAGGUCUUGGACCUCGACACAACUACGGAUGGAGAGGAGUUCGAGGCUGCCAUCAGAAGACAUUUUGGUGAGCAGCUCUUUGGCGAAAUGAAGGUUUGCCUCACUAAAAGGGCCUUUAGAGCUACUCUGAAGGCCUUUGUUGAGAUUAAUGAGGAAAUAGCGACAAAGCUAGUACACGCGGGACAUUUGAAGGUGGGAUGGAUGUCCUGUCGUGUACGCAAGAAGAUAGAGGUCAUACGUUGCUACCGCUGCCUCGGCUUCGGCCACAAGGCAGCGAGCUGCAAGGGUCCUGAUCGUACCAAAGGAUGCUGA